GGGAUAUUACACAGUCAAUAUGCUACUUCAGAAUGUAUUCAAACAAUGAUUUACCACAUUAUACUCUGUGGCUUUGAGCGUAAUAUGGCUACCAUUGAGAGACAACUUGUUAUGCUAACGUUUGCAGUUAACAAUAGGAGGAAGAAAUGCACAAUUUUAUGAAGUGUUAUUCAUUUUGGAAAGGUUAAAAAAACUGCUUCCUAAACUUUUAAUGACGGCAAAGCCAGCUCUUACUGUGCUACACUUAUCACUUUCAAAGCCAUGUCUAGGUCCAUUUCUUAGUUGUAAAGAGACAGCUCGAGUGGGUUUUAGCUAACGGCAAAUUUUGGCUAACAGAGCUAAAGGAGGACUCAAGCAGGCCUAAUGCGUAGAUUCUGACUUUUAGAUUAAAUCAGACAAAAUCUUCACAGGCGUGGUGAUCUACAAGUUAGAAGGACCGGGAGUGGACCAGGACCCCAAAAAUCUGUUUGAGAUUGAUGAUAAAAUGGGAAUAAUCAGGAGCAAGCGGCCACUGGACAGAGAGAAGUACAACAGCUUCACGCUGAAAGCCUUCGCGCUGUCCCCCAGUGGAGAGAGACUGGAGAACCCAACAACCAUUGAGAUAGUGGUGCUGGAUCAGAACGACAACAGACCUGCCUUCACCCAGAGCCAGUUUGUUGGCUCUGUAGCUGAGUUCUCAGUCCCAGGCACAUCGGUGAUGUCAGUGUCAGCCUCUGAUGCAGACGACCCAAUGACAGAAAAUGCUUACCUCAGCUUCUCCAUCAUCGGCCAGGAAAGCUUUCCCGCCAACGCUGUGACCAAGACAAUGUUCGGCAUCAACAACGAGACAGGAGCCAUCUACACGAGAGAUGUGGGCCUGGACCGAGAGGUGGUGAAGAGCUUCCGGUUGAAGCUGCAGAUCGCUGAUAUGGGAGGCAUGGGGCUGACGAGUGAAGGAGUGGCGAUCAUACAUGUAACUGAUAUCAACAACCACAUCCCACAGUUUAACCCUGCAUCGUACAGUAUGACCGCUGAGGAGAACAGGAAGGACUACGACAUCGGCCGGGUGAACAUGACGGACAGAGAUGAUCCAGGAAACGGAAACUGGGAGGCCAAAUACUCCGUUACAAACGACCCUGAAGGCAACUUUGCCAUCAGAACGGAUCCUUCAACCAAUCAGGGCGUUUUGAGAGUGGUCAAGUCACUGGAUUUCGAAGCGCAACGCGAGUACAUCCUGACCCUGACGGUGGAAAAUGUCAACCCUCUGAGCAGCAAGGCUCCCAACCUCCCAGUGAGCACCGCCACGGUGGUGGUGACUGUCAUGAAUGAGAACGAGGCUCCACACUUCAGGGAGGACCCCAUACAGAUUGAAGUCCCUGAGUCUGUGGUUCCUGGGACUGUACUGAAAAGCAACAUUGCCUUUGACCCGGAUUAUUCUGACCUGAGGUACGAGAUCAGCAAAGAUCCCGAGAGGUGGCUGGAUAUUAAUGAAGAUACUGGAGACAUCAGAGCCAGGAGAACCUUUAACAUGCGCUCUCCACAUGUUAAACACAACAUCUACACCGCUGUUAUCAAAGUUACAGAUGCUGAGGGCGUCUCAACCAGCGCCACAGUGCUCAUCACACUGAAGGAGACCAAUGACUACCCCCCUCAGCUCUUCCCUCUAAGUGGCUCUGUGUGUCAGGAUGCGAGCCGAACCGGUUCUGGUCUGGUUCUGUCUGCUGUGGAUGAAGACCUUGCUCCACAAGCUGCACCCUUCACAUUUGAAAUGCCCUUCGAUCUGUCCAUCAACUGGACCGUCGUCCAAAUGAACGACACUCAUGCCAUGCUUCACCCUCUCGUGGAGCUGGAGGCCGGAGAGUAUGCAGUCACAGUGAUGGUGUCAGACUCGGGCAGCCCAGUUCUGAGUGCAUAUAGUCAAGUUAACGUCACCGUGUGUUCCUGUGACUCCUUCGGCGACUGUAAGUCUGAGGCUGGGGCCAUCCUGGGCUCCAGUGUGGGAAUCAGCUUCAUCGCUCUCAUCAUCAUCAUGGCCUGUAUCGCUCUCCUGCUGCUGCUGCUCCUCCUCGCUGUGGCGGUGACCACUUGUGGGAGACGUCACCACCUUAAGAAAGGAACAGGUCUGCUUGUCGGAGAAUCAGAAGACGACAUCCGGGACAAUGUCUUCAAUUAUGACGAGCAAGGAGGGGGUGAGGAGGACGAGAACGCCUUUAACAUCGACCUGCUGUGGAAUCCCCAUGAUAUGCCUUCAACCCCAGGAUCCUACUACCCUGGUGUUCCUCGAGGCAAGCAGCCCCUCAGGAAGGAUGCCCCGCACAAUCUGCCCUCACCAAUCUACCCGCGGAGGCCUCCUGCAGAUCCCACUGACAUUGAGGACUACAUCAAUGAUGGCCUGGAGGCUGCAGACAACGACCCCAACGUGCCUCCUUACGACACGGCGCUGAUCUACGACUACGAGGGAGAGGGCUCGCUGGCAGGCAGCCUCAGCUCCAUCGCUUCAGGCAGCUCUGAUGGAGACCAAGACUACGACUACCUCAACAACUGGGGACCACGAUUCCAGAAACUGGCCAACAUGUAUGACCCACGUUAAGGUGGAGAGAAAGAGAGAGAGAGGAGCUGUGUGAGACUCACCAGCAGAUCAGGACUCAGAACAUGACUCUGCUUUUCUGGAUGAGAUUCGACAAGGGAAGAAAAACGCCAUACAGAACUGUGGGCCUUUAAUCCAUCAUGCCUCAAGGUUAUUCGGACACUGGUGAUAAAAUCUUGUUGAUAAGUUUUCAGAUGAUACGGUGAAGUUACGUGUUGGCAUGAUCAGCCAUGAGGAGAAGGAGCUGUGUAUGCGGCAGGGCAAACAGAACGUGUGUUGAAAUGAUUUCCAUGUUGCUCACAACAAGCCUGAGAUUUAAAAAAACAAUGAAUUGUAUUUCCUUUUUUAUAUAUGUAAUUAUUUUAUAAGAUGAAUCUGCUUUGAUAUCGACUUUGACUUUCUUUUCUUUGAUCAUAAAUCCUCCUAUGCAGCAUCUGCUCAGCUUUCUCAGACAAACACAAAUACAGCAAAACACACCGUACCACAAAAUACUCUGUGAUCAAAUUACCUGGAGGUGAGGACUUUCAAUUGUUUUCUAAAUCUGUUUAUAGAUAUUAGAUGUUCCUGGUGUCAAUGGAAUAAAUGUUAAUCUUUUAAUGAGUG